AUGGCUGCUAAAACCAUCGGCGUAUCUGCAGAUCUUCCCAGUUCCAAAGCUAGCGGGCUCCCACCACAGCAGGCCUUCAGUCUACCCCCCUUGACCCAGCAAGACAUCCUGCCUCCCAGCUGGCACCAGAAGGAGACCUGGAAGAGGCAGCGCAGCCUUAUCAGGCUGCUGGGGGCCGCCCACAUCUUCCUGGCCCUGGUGCACCUCAGUCUCGGAGCUUACCUGGUCGUUGCUGUCAAGAACCUACACCUGGUGGUAGUGAGAUGUUGGUAUCCCUUCUGGGGAGCUGCCUCUUUCCUCAUUUCAGGUAUCGUGGCGAUAGCAAGAGGAAUAUGUGGUAAAACAUACCUGAAAGCGUUGUGUCUGACAACGUGUCUCAUCAGCUUCUUUUGUGUGCUGGCUGGCUGCUUUGUUAUCACCAAGGACUUCUUUCUGGAGAGUCCAUUUGAGAGCCCGAUCUGGAUACCUUACCCCUACUCCACAGUCCACAUCCAGAGGCUGGAGCUGGUCCUGCUGUGCUUCACCUUCCUGGAGCUCUUCCUGACAGGGCCAACAGCCAUGGUGACCUGGAGGGCCAGCUACCUGUCUACUGAGGAGAUGGACGACUCGUCCCUAGUUCCUGAUGCACCACCACUGAAACUCAAUGGUCUGUCAAUGGAGCUUCCACCCACCUAUGAAGAUGUAAUUCAAAAUGACCUGGGAGACAAGCAAGAGCAGAGACACAAUAGGAACCUCCUGGCCCCAUCCCUCGUGAGGUUCAGUCUCAAAGUCUCAGCCCCGCUGUGCAGCGAGGACAAGGUGAGGGGCGAGGACAAGGUAAAGCUGCUGCUUCUGGAGACGGAACACCACGAGCGAACCCCAACACCGUCCCUGACGUCUCAGGGCUUGUGCUCUGGUAUAGACACCCAGACACCUGCUCCUGGUGGGCCAGUGUUAGGGGAGCCAGAAGACAAAGUCAUGGGGUCAGAGGAGUCAACAAACUCUUGCUGGCUGCCCCUCCAGAUGUUGAAAACCUCCAACAACACAUCCCCGGGAUGGACCCUCCCUCCUGAUUUAGGGGGCAUCUUGGUGUUCCUGUGA